UCAGUAUUACGCUAAAACAUUAUUUUUAAGACCACAUCGAAAAUCCUCUGCAAUUUAACAUUUAGGUAAUGUUUUAAAUCUGAUUAUUGUUAUGCUACAAACUGAUAUGGAAAAGUGCCAACAUACACUUAUUUAAAAAUAAUCCAGAAAGUAAAUAUUCAGUGCAAAAGAGAAAUCUGGAGGGUAUGAAUGGGGAAAUAGACACGGCAUCAAAAUAAGAUGUGAAUUUUUGCCUGGCCCUUUGCAUGGGGUAUGUGGGUACAGAACAGGAAAGUACCCACUUACUCUCUGAGAUUAUAUUUUAUUCUCAAUAAUAUAACCAUGAGUAGCAUCAGUCAUGCUAAUUUGUUCUAAUUCAUUUUUUUCUCAAACGAUUAACGUGCAAACAAAAAGCAUAACGUUGAAAAUAUUUCAGAUUUUAACAAAUCAACAAGAGAUAAACUUAUUUACUGUUUUCAAUAUAACUUUGAGUUUUAGACUUUAAAUGGAUAUAUUUUUAUUUUUAGAAUAUAAACCAAUUGGUAAAAUAGGAGAGGGAACCUUUUCCGACGUUCUGAAGACACAGAGUCUUAGGGAUGGAAAUUUCUAUGCAUGCAAACAAAUGAAGCAGCAUUUUGAAAGUAUUGAACAAGUGAAUAAUCUGCGAGAAAUACAAGCUCUGAGGCGUCUGAAUCCACAUCCAAAUAUUCUUAUGUUACAUGAGGUGGUUUUUGAUAAAAAAUCUGGCUCUCUUGCACUAAUAUGUGAACUUAUGGACAUGAAUAUUUAUGAACUGAUAAAAGGGAGGAAAAAGCCAUUACCUGAAAAAAGAACAAUGAGCUACAUGUACCAGUUAUGUAAAUCCCUUGAUCACAUGCACAGAAAUGGAAUAUUUCACAGAGAUGUGAAACCAGAAAACAUAUUAAUAAAGCAGGAUACCCUGAAGUUAGGAGAUUUUGGAUCUUGUAGGAGUGUUUAUUCCAAACAGCCAUAUACAGAAUACAUCUCAACACGCUGGUACCGAGCACCAGAGUGCCUGCUCACAGAUGGCUACUAUAGCUACAAAAUGGACAUGUGGAGUGCUGGCUGUGUUUUCUAUGAAAUUACAAGUUUACACCCUCUUUUUCCUGGAUCCAAUGAACUGGACCAAAUAUCAAAAAUCCAUGAUAUUAUAGGCACCCCUGCUAAGAAAAUUCUUAAUAAGUUCAAACAGUCAAGAGCCAUGAGUUUUCACUUCCCCUUUAAGAAAGGGACAGGAAUACCUUCUCUUGUGCCUAAUUUGUCUCCCAAAGGCCUCACUCUCAUGUACGCAAUGAUAGAAUAUGAUCCUGAUGAGAGAAUUGCUGCCCGCCAGGCUUUACAUCAUCCUUAUUUCCGAGAGCUGAGGACAGCAGAUAAGAAAGCUUUGACCAUACAGAGAAAAGUAAGAUUAAUAGAAAAUACAGAGGGACAGGAGCCUAUCCACCUGUGGCCUAUUUCAAAGGAAAGCAAAGGACAGCACUUUCUUAGGCAAGUCCAGGAAAAUCCAAAACGACAUCACGGACCUUCCUGUGUAAUAGAAUUACCAAAACUGAAUGUUUGUGGAGUAACGAAGUUGACUUCUUAUCCUAAUCCUACAUUUGGUUCAGUUUUUACCACACCUGUAACACACUGUGACGUACCCGUGUUGCAGCCUAUUAAAUAUAUCAGGACAAAUUGCAAGUCUGAAAAACAGAAAGAACUUAAGACUUCUUUGAAACAAUACCACUUACCUACUAUAGAACGAAGGGAUGGAAGAUAUUGACCAUCUUGUCAAAGAUUUGGAGUGUAAGGAAGAGCAUAAUAUGCAGGGACUCAGAUUCAACCGUGCUUUCAGUGUUACCAGAGGUACAUCAAGAAAAAUAUUGCCUUAGCUUGUGUUUCUUAAAAAUGCCACAAGAAAACGCUACAGGACUGUCUCUGAAGGGCUACUGAAAUAGCACUUUGGUACUUUGUUCCUGAAAGAUAUCAAUAUUUAUGCAAGCAACAUUUGGGCAGCUCAGAUGCACUUUAUACUUGAACUCAAACAAGUUUGGGUUUUUUAAGACCUGAAAGCUUGAAAGUUUUGUUGUAUUUUUAAACACACAAAAACAAAACAAAAGAUUAAAAAUAAGUGUUUUUUGUUGGAGCUUAAGUACUAAGAAUGUAUUUUUGUAUUUUUAUACUAUAAACAGAAAUAGAAAGUUGCGUAUUGUGUUAUUUAAGAAUGAAGCUUGGUCUGUCAUUUUUUACAUUUAAACAGAAAAACUAACUUCAAAGUCAAUGUUGGGAAAUAAUAUUCUUCUGUAUUUGAUAGUUGCAAAGGCAAAAGUCCUGUUAACAUCUUGAGGAUUAUGCCAUCAGUUGGGAUGCCCUUGAUUUUAGCAAAAUUAAAUACAGUCAUUUUAAUUUCUUUAAAAAUGUUAUAUGCAAACAAUACAAAUACUGCUGCGCACUUAUUUGAUUCAAAAGCAAAGUCUUGAUCUUGGUUUCCCUUCUCUUUCUUAAACUUUGCUUUGGUAUUAGUAGAAAGUAGUCCAUUGUUUUGCAACAAGUUGAUAGGAAAAACUGUAAAACAGUAAUGCAUUUCUGCCAUUUUAACAUUUCAGAAUGAAUGAGACAUUUUAGCAGAUAGUCAUUGCAUAAGGUAUUAGCUUAUUUGUGGUCUAAGAUGCAAAAAUUAAAAAUGGUACUUUGGCUUUAUUAAGAGAAGCUGUUUAAACUAACAAUGAAGUUCAGUGCAUUUGAUUUUAAAACUUUUUAAUAGUUUUCUAGUAAAAUAGAAAAGCUGUUUAUUGAGAGCUCUGUUACAAAUUGCAUUUAUAAUUUCAGAACCAAGUAAAGCUUAACUUUAUGAAGUGUAUUUAUAUUAAGGGGUUGCAAAAUUCACUCAAAUUGAGAAUGGUAUCUGAUGAACCUGGAUACAUUUCUACUGAAUAAGUUUUCAAUUAAAAGAGAUUCUAGUCUUACUAGUUUUUAAAAUACUCUGUUCAUUUUUGGAAAAGUUAUUGAACGAACAGGCUUCCCAAGCCUGCAGAGAGCAGCCCCAGUUCUUCUGCUAUCAGAACUCUCCCAAACUACAGCAGAAUGAAAUCAAACAAGAUCCUAGUCAGUUUCCAGCUGCUGCUCCCAACUUUGUGGACAGCAGCAAAACUUGAAUCACUUUACAACACUCAUUGGGGUUAACAAGGGACUGCACUCACAGACAGCUUGGGGGCGGGGCAUGUAGAGAAGUGACAGCUCUGCUUAUUCAACAUGCCCAAGUCAGAUACAAAUGGUGGAAACCUUGGAUAAGAUCAUGGAACAACAGAUACUUCAGCAGCUUAGGCAGCAGUGGCAAUGGCUUCUCUAUCAAGAGAUCAGCCUUCAGCCUCUUGCAGGGACUCUUUUUGUCCCACUAAUGUAGCAUUUGUCUCUAGCACUGGCUUGUAGAUUUGAGGUUUGAGAUUAUUAGGCCUUGUAAUUUAUCCAGUCUGGGAAAUGCUAUGGGCCUUUUGAACAGCUUUUUAACCUGUGCAUUAUUUCAGGAUGGACCUGACACUAUUUGUCAGUGGAGGCUUUUUGCUUUAUUCUGAUCUUCUAUAGCUUGGUAGUUUGGUGGGGAUAUAUUUAAAAUAAGCAAGCUUGCUCUUAGCUAGUAGGAUUCCACGUUUGCUCGUGGAGAGAGCACUGGAUGGGAUUCAGGAUAUCUGGGUUGUCUUCUUGUUGCCACUGGCCUGCUGGGUAAUCUUGAGAAUGUCCCUUCAACCAUGUCUCGGUAUCUCCAUCUGUCAGAUGGGAGUAGCAAUAUUUUUGUCUUUUGUAAAAUGCUUUAAGAUGGACUGGUGAGAAGCACAAUGAAAGAGCCUGCUCUUAGUCUGAAAAUUUUUUUCAAAAAGAUAAAAAUCACUAUUGAAGGAGCUGUCUGAGUGCCUAUAGGCAAGUUCUCUCAACACAUUCAAGUAGCUAAUGCAAAUGAGGAAUGUCAUUAUUUGGCUCCCAUUCUAAUUAGCUAAGCCACUAUAUCAUGGAUAGUGGCCUGUAAAAUGUUUGUUCAUCUCAUUCUAAUGUUUACAUGAGUGCCCCUGUUUUAAAGGUUAAAAACAUAGAAAUAAAUACUUUCUAACCCUUUGAA